GCAGUCUGUAUGCAGUUGUUUAUGAGUUUAACUCAGACUUUGUAGAAGUCCAGCUCCAACUUAAAGCCAGAAAAGCAGGUCCCCAUCAGCCACCAUGCGAGAAUUCAAGAGCAAGGAGUUCUGGAGGGCCGUUUUGGCUGAAAUGGUCGGCAUGACCCUCUUCAUUUUUCUCAGCAUCUCCACAGCUAUUGGGAACAAAAACAACACCAACCCAGACCAGGAGGUGAAGGUUUCGCUGGCCUUUGGACUUGCGAUUGCAACGCUGGCCCAAAGUUUAGGCCACAUCAGUGGAGCCCACCUGAAUCCUGCAGUGACCCUCGGUAUGCUUGCAAGCUGCCAGAUCAGUGUUUUCAAGGCAGUGAUGUACAUUGUGGCGCAAAUGCUUGGCUCAGCCCUGGCUAGUGGCAUUGUGUACGGAGCACGCCCAAAUGACACGACUGCACUGGGGCUCAACUCUCUUAACGGUGUCACCCCCAGCCAAGGCGUGGGCAUAGAGCUCCUGGCAACCUUCCAGCUUGUGCUGUGUGUCAUUGCAGUCACUGAUAAAAGGCGGCGUGAUGUCACUGGCUCGGCACCCCUGGCCAUUGGCCUAUCGGUCUGCCUGGGACACUUGGCAGCUAUCAGCUACACCGGCUGUGGCAUUAAUCCAGCCCGUUCCUUUGGUCCAGCUUUGAUCCUGAAUGAUUUCACAGAUCACUGGGUGUACUGGGUGGGUCCAAUGUGCGGUGGCGUGGCUGCGGCUCUCAUAUAUGAUUUCUUGCUGUCGCCCAAAUUCGAUGACUUCCCUGACCGCGUGAAGGUUCUGGUGAGCGGGCCAGUGGGGGACUAUGACAUCAACGGAGGCAACGACCCAACCACCGUGGAAAUGACGUCAAAAUAGCUGCAAACAGUUAACCAUAUGUCUAUACUUGUAUAAAAAGAUAUAAAACAGAACAGAAAAGCUCUUGAAUUUAGUGUAUUUUAGCAUGUUUGUGUUAUUUUUAAUUACCAACAAGGAUUUUUUUUCUAUGGUUUCAUAGAGUCCCCUUCGAUUUCACUUUUCUUGUUGACCCAGUGCAAACUUUUCUAAACUGCUGGCCAAGUUUGCACAUUUUGGAUUGAAAUCUUAACAAAGCAGUGUGGAAAAUCUUUUGUUUCCGUAUCAGUAUUGUAUGUUGAGCCGUUUUUGUACAUUUCUAUAUAUCUGUAUCACUUCUUUUGGCUGACAUAAAAUGUUGUGUGCAAUGAAAUGUCUUUCACUUUUUUAAGUAAAAUAAAAUAAAACAGCAUAAAUAGUUGUAA